UCGUAUAGAUUGUUUUGUUAGUCACCAUAGACCUACGUAUACAGUGCUGAUACGUAUCAGUCAGUUGAUGUACGGCACGGUUGCUUCCAUUCCCGAUCUGUUUCUCUGUAAUUGUAAAAGAAAAGCGAAAAAUAUUGAAUUUUGGAACGUCACUUCACUUUUGAUUCGAUGAAUUUGCAGUCAACCAUGGAGGUACAAUCACUAAGAUAAAACCUACAGAUUUGAUGCGCAGGGUCUUCUAGGGUUUUUGUUUUUCUUUUAGUAUGGAGAGCUCGGAGAAAGUGGUUGCUGUUAUCAUGGUCGGCGGCCCAACCAAAGGCACUAGAUUUCGGCCUCUUUCAUUCAAUACUCCGAAGCCUCUAUUCCCUCUGGCUGGCCAGCCGAUGGUUCAUCAUCCUAUCUCUGCAUGCAAAGGGAUAACAAAUUUAGCACAAAUUUUUCUUAUUGGAUUUUAUGAGGAGAGGGACUUCGCUCUUUACGUUUCUUCUUUGUCCAAUGAGUUGAGACUGCCUGUGAGGUACUUGAAGGAGGAUAAACCCCAUGGCUCAGCUGGGGGUAUUUAUUACUUCAGAGAUAUUAUCUUGGAAGACAGCCCAUCGUACAUCUUUCUACUAAACUGUGAUGUUUGCUGCAAUUUUCCUCUUCCAGACAUGCUUGAGGCACAUAAAAGAUCGGGUGGGAUGGGAACCAUAUUAGUAAAAAAGGUUUCUGCCGAAUCGGCUAAUCAGUUUGGUGCACUGGUUGCUGAUCCAGUCACAAAUGAGCUGUUGCAUUACACAGAGAAACCCGAGACUUUUGUGAGUGAUUUGAUCAAUUGUGGUGUAUAUGUAUUUACCCCGGAAAUUUUUGAUGCCAUCGAAGAUGUCUCUGUUCAUCGGGAAGGCAGAGCUAAUCUACGACGUAUCUCCAGCUUUGAAGCUCUACAAUCUGCAACAAGGAACCUUCCUACGGACUUCAUAAGAUUAGAUCAAGAUAUUUUGUCACCCCUUGCCGGAAAGAAACGGUUAUAUACACAUCAGACCAUGGAAUUUUGGGAACAAAUCAAGACUCCAGGGAUGUCUUUGAAGUGUUCGGCCCUUUAUCUUGCCCAGUUUCAAUUAACCUCUCCCCAUCUUUUGGCUACUGGAAAUGGUACCAAGAGUGCUAAUAUCGUUGGCGAUGUCUACAUUCAUCCAUCUGCAAAAGUACACCCCACUGCAAAGAUUGGCCCCAAUGUCUCUGUAUCUGCUAACGUUCGUGUGGCUGCUGGUGUGAGGCUUAUAAGUUGCAUCAUCUUGGAUGAUGCCGAAAUUAUGGAAAAUGCUGUUGUUAUACAUUCUAUUAUUGGAUGGAAAUCAUCAGUGGGCAAAUGGUCUCGUGUCCAGGCAAAUGGUGACUUCAAUGAUAAGCUCGGAAUUACGAUCCUUGGAGAAGCUGUGAUUGUUGAAGACGAAGUUGUGGUGACCAAUAGCAUAGUACUCCCAAACAAGACCCUCAACCUUAGCGUUGCUGAGGAGAUUAUUUUAUAACACCCCAUUCUCUUUCUCUCUCUCUCUCUACUAACAAACUUACACAAUUUUCCUUCAAGUUAAAUAGUUGAUUGGGCGAUGUUUUAUGUUCCUUGUUUGGAUUCUUAGAGGCAGCUCAAAUUUCACCUUAUACUGAAAAUUUCUCCGGGGAAAUAGUUGGAAAUCUCUGCUGUUCAACUA